GGCCCCGCGCACCACCGCAGCUCGCCCCCGGCCCCGGCCCUCCGCACGCCGCGCCCCCGCCCAGCUCACCCGUGCUGGGCCGCGGCCCGCCGCUUGUUGAGCAGGCAGAGCAGCGCGCAGGCGGCGGCCGUGCCGCCGACGAUGGCGGAAUGGCGCACGGUGAGGUACUUGCUGUAGGCAGCCAUGGCGCGAGUGCAGCCGCAGAGCCGCAGCCGAGCCCAGCCGUUCCGAGAGGGCGCAGGGAAUGCCGGGACGAGGGGCGGGGCACGCCCGGCCUCGCCUCCGCCGGCCGGAGGGAGAUUGUGUGCCUGUCAGUGUACGCUGUCAGCGCCGUGCCGGGGCUCGCCUGGGGGGGGGGGGAAGGCAGCGGCUUGUGCAACGGGGACUGCUGGAGGGGGGCGGUCAGCGCUCCCUCCCGUCUUCCCGCAGCGGUAGCGCCCCCGCGCCGCUCCGCGAGCAGUGGAUUAAAGGCGACGGGCGAGCGGGCGCCUCUGAGGGGCAGUGAGGGCGCCCAGUGCCCGGCUCCCGUCUUCUCCCUGCGGCGUCUCGGCCUGGCGGCUCCUGUCUGCGCGCGCGCGGCUCGCUGUGCAGCUGUACGCCCAGUGGCCCUGAGAGGAGCUGCCAAGCUUAACUUUCAACACAGAGGAACAUGUUCCUAGCGUGACUAUAGAAAAGCCGCCCCUGCCCGGGCAGAGCCGCACGGCCCGCCCCCGCGGAACCUGUUCUACCCGUAGGUGCCUUUCCUUCGCCGUUCGCCAGGCCGAGCUGUCCCAGCGCAAACACCCGGGCCAGUAUCACUGUCGUCGCACCAGGGGCAAGUUUGUCUCUUGGUGCCGAAGCUGCGGUCUCAAAACAUCCAAUUGUUCGCAUGUUCUAGAGCACUGGAGAAAGGGCUGUGAGUUCGAGUUCUCUGGUACUGGAGUGUGUCUCUUGGACAGUUGGUAAUCGCUCUGCUUUAAAGCAUCAGUACAUUGCUGUUUGGGGAGGAACUGUGGUAAAGUAUUCCACGUGUAUUCUGAUCCUCUGGAAGAUAUGCAUCAGAAUCACAAAACAUUAUGAAGUUUAUUGUGUAUGAAAAUUCUGCUCUCUAUAUUGCCCAGAGUUGAAGGCCCUAUCUUGGUGGGUGUUUGUUGGGUUUUUUGUUUGUUUGUUUGUUUUUGAAAUUUUAGAUAUUUUGACAGCAGGUAAAUGUGAAAAGCUAAAGCUAGGUAAUAUCCUCACCAAAUAAAAUUUCUUAUGUUCAAAUCAUUAUGAAAAUGAAAGUCUAGAAAUUUUCUUUGAGGUACAGUUUUGCUGGCACUCUUCAUCUCUGUCUGUGCUGGGAUCAAGAACAAUGUAAUGUUGUGACUUUUUACAAAUCCUCUUCCCUCCGUAAGCUUAGGUUGGUCGUACCCUUCCUCUGAACUAUCUUUCAAAUAUAGCCCAACUCUGUGUACAAUGUUCAUCUAUUUAGGCCAUGCUGACCUUUGUUGUUUGCAUGACUUGUGCUCUGCUAUGAUUAUCUUCUGUCCUUACCCCACUUUUUGAGUUUACCCAGUACCAUAUCCCGUAUUCCAUUCAUCUUCUACCUUGUCUUUAAAUAAUUUCACAAAUGCCUGCCAUCUUCUAGGAAACUUGUCUCGUGCAUCGAGUUCUCUCACUGUUUAAUCAACUGUCUUCAUUGUUCAGUGUUGCUUUUUAUCAAAAAAAAAAACUUUGUAGUGGAACUAAUAAACGGGCACUUAGUCCAAAACAAGAGGUUUUAAUUGAUCUGUUAUUUCAUCGGUUUCCAACAACGCUCGCGGGUGAGUAUAUUUGUGGUAAAAUCACCCACACUGAUCAAAUGCUUCCGUGACAGAAGUUCCUUCUUUGUUCUUCAAUUUGAGAUCUGCUGCAUUUCAGUACUCCACACGUUGUGGUCACUUUGUGUUCUCGGCAUUCUUGGUACAAGUCAUCUGGAAGAAUUUUCCAGGGUAGCAGGUAAUGACAACAUUAGUUCGAGUGUAUCUCAAAUGUAAAAGCCGGAGCUUAGAAGAAAAGAAAGCAAACUACCAAGAGUGUCAUCUCUAUUAAUGAUGGCAUGCGUAGCUUCCCUGAAGAAGCAAGAUCAAAUUGAGACCUGUGCUUUUGAUAUGGUUAAUGGUAUAGUUCAAACUUCUCAUUAGCUAUGUAAAAACAUUCAUAUUGAGAAAGCCAUUUAAACUUGGGACUGUGCUAUGGAAGACUGAAAUGUCUAGGAAUAGAAAAGCAUAUUUACUAUUAAAGUCUCAAAUCCAGUAAUUGAAAUAAGGCGACCUCAUAACAGCAAUAUUAGGUUGUGGUCUGUUAUCUGAAAUGUUAAGCAGAAGUACCCACCUAAGCACUUCCCAGCCCAGCUGGCUGCUCUCCAUACAGGGUGCCAUAUUUUCAGUUAUGCUGGUUUAUGAAACCAGAUUAUGAAAUAAUUUAGAAAAUUAACAUUGGAGGACAGAUAAAAGUUGGCAGCUUUUAAUUUUUAACCUAGAUCCACUCCCUGACAAUUUUUGCAGUGCAACUCCUGAAAUACUUGAUUGGGCAAAAUAUGUUGUGCUUUAAUUUCACAAUAAGUGAAAUGUCUGUUUAAUAAAAAGCAGUGGUAAAACUGCUAAACAGUUUAGAUUCUCAAGUCAUAUCCUCACUCAAUAUCGAUUUCAGUCUGUUGAGUUUUAGGGAACAGUUUUAAGACAGGAAUAUUAGAAACUUGUAUGGAGUAUUUUGUCCAACUAGAAACCAUGUGAAUACAUCUAGUUUAAAUGGAGUCUGGAUUAACAAAUGAGAAGAUGCUCUGAUUUGUUUUUUCUUAGAACAGGAAGAACCUGUAUUAUUUGCUGUUGGCACUUGGCAUACAACAACCAGCUAGUUUCUGAGAACAACAUAUCUAAUAAUUAAAUGAAAACCAUGUUGUUUAUUGUAGGCUCAGUGUAACAUUAAUAGCAGGGAGAGCAAUUUGCAAGUGUUGUGAAAGGUAGCAGAGAAAUGAAACUAAUUUAUGUAAGUUGAUGUAAGCUGUAAGGUGCAAAUUAUAUUGUGUGUGUAAGUUAAGUUUGAAAGUAGUUUGUAUGGUGCUGGUGUCCAUUCUGUAGACUUGCACUUGCCUGAUAUGUAAGUUCAUAUAAAUUCAGCAAGAUUGUUCACUUGUUUGAUGUUACUGUGAUACUUGAAAACUUACUUGUACUAACUAGUAGAGCAAGGACAGUUCCAGAGACUGAUAUGGUGCCUUCUGUCAAAUCUGUGUUCCGACUUCGGUUUAUCCAGCCACUUUCAGUUUACGGUUUUAGAAUUUGAAAUAGCUUGCAGGGAGAUCAAUGAAUACUCUACUAAUGCAGGCAACAGUGUUAAAUGAUAAGGUUUUGCCAGCUCUGCUGAAGUCCUGUGCCAGAGUAUUAAUUUCUUGCAUGAUUUUUAACAGAAGGAAAUGAUUCAUCUGAA